AACUUGGCAUGGACUCAUCAUUUUAAAUAUUUUAUGAUUUAGUAUUGUAUUACAUAAAUGUAUAUACCUAUAUGCGAUAAAAAUGUAGACAAGAAAUAAAAAAUCUGUUAAACAAGAGAACCAUAUUAUAAAUUUUUUUUGUUAAAGUUAUGAAGUGAAAUUGCAAUAAGCAACAAAAAAGUGAUGGAAAAUAUUUUGCGUGAAAUUAUUUCCGUCGCAUUAAUUGAGAUACGUUAAUAAUGGCAGCCGAAGCUACAGAAAGCAAAUUAAAAAGAAGAGGUGUCAAUCAGAUCAACCAUCGAACGUCUUUGUUAGUUGGAGGCAAACAAAGGAAGACUAGAUCAGGUGGAAAGGAGCCAUUUACUAUACUAUCAUCCUCACACCGAAAACGAAGUUUUCUAAAGGUUCUUGUUCCAAACAAAAAUCGCGUUGAAGAAUUGUACAGGUUAUUUCCACAGCUUCCACCAGGUGAAAAGCCGUUCAAUGGCUUCACCUGCGCGUUACAUAAAGACAUUUUACUUCAAGGUCGAAUGAUAAUCUCUACGAAUUGCAUCUGUUUCCAUUCCAAUAUUUUUGGAUAUGAGACAAGGCUCGUCAUAUACUUUAAGAAUGUGUUGGCGGUUCGAAGAGAGAAGACAGCUUUUGUGGUACCAAACGCCAUCUCCGUCAGAACGGUGCACAAACGAUACUUGUUUUGCUCCUUCCUGUCACGUGAGAGUGUUUACAAAUUAAUUUUGCGAAUAUGGAAAACGUCAACAGAGGAUAAAGUGGAAAGUCAAGAUUUGAACAGUCAAGGAAAACGUUUGUGCAGUAGAGAGUGUACAACAGACGUCAAUCACAACCAACUUACCACGAUUACUUCGUAUGAUAGUUCACUUGGUGCGAGUUAUGGGAACUAUAUGUCAGCUCGUCCCCAUACAUCUCCACCAUCUUUAAAUUCAUCUCCACAAUUUUCUUAUCGGCAUUUGGCACCGGAUAAGUUGUAUGAAGGUAUUGGAGAUAUCACUAAUACCGAUUCAGAUGGAAUGGAUGAAGAGACGGAACCUGAUGACGGGGAGGUGUUUAUAGAGAACAGUGCGCUGCGACGCCGAAAUUUUACGAAAUCAAAUACAUUAGGAGAUUUGAGAGAACUAGCUGGAGUUAGCAACAGUAUCGGAUCAAAAAAAGUUGAUCAAAUUGGUAAAAACAUGUUAAAAAGAUACAAAAUAUUUUGUUUAAAUGAAACUUCACAUCUGCAAAGAUGUUACACAACCGCGUCAGUUAAUAUAAGGCUGAUGCUAAAAGUCAUAUAUCAAACCUUUAAUAGAAUCCGACUGAAAAAUCCGGCUGUGUUCAUUAUGUUGUUAUUAUUUAUGUGUUUGACUUUCCUAUCGCUUGUUCUCCUCCUCCGCGUAAAUGCUGCCACGAAAAACUUACAAGUCGAAGCAUCCAUGCCGGAUAGCACGACGUCUGACAACCUUAGAAUGCAAGAUAUAUUUCAUUAUCGUGAUAAUUUGCAUAAUGCGAAAGUUGCAAGAAUGAAGUCUAUACUAUCAGUGAACUUGGAAACAGUUAACGAGGUGCGUAAGGCGCUCCAUGAUCUCAAAGAAAAGUUACAGUAGCAAUUGAUUGGUUUGAAAGCAAAAUCCUGAUAGAUGACGUAAUAUAUAUAAUGGGAUUGAAAAACAUGUCUAUAUGUAAAGGGCAUGUGUUAUGGGUAGGAGUUGAUACUCCACACCUUGUCCGAGUCCAGUCCAGUAUGAAAGGGCGUUGAAUUGGUACUGCUUUUUAAAAAAUUAUCUCUUCUGUUAACUUCCAUAUAACAAAAAACAAAGAUUUUACUCCCUAAUUAAAGACACGUGUGUUUGUCUUGAAGAAUAGUAUUAUAUUUAAAAGUAAAAAAUACCGUUAACACGUUAGCCGUGUUCACACCUACCAAAACAAAAAUACGUGUUAAAUCCUUAAUAACUACCUGCUUCCGAAUUUUAGUGGGACUGUUAAAAAAAUUCAAGAUUUGUACAUUAUGUUUUAUUUAUUUAGAAUUUAAUAUUAAUUCCACUUACACUAAAUCGUUGUGAAAAGCAUAACAGUCUCAAAAUACGGCUGGUCCGUAUUUUAUGUCGUGAACAAUCAUCUGGUCUUCCUUUUUUUCCAUUCAAUUUCUUUUUAUUUUUCGUUUCGUGUUUUGUUUUAUACACUUUUGAUAUAUUUAUACUUCGAAUUAUUUAAUAGCACGUUUGUUGUAUCAGUUUCGCUUUUUGUGCGUUUCGGUAUGUUACCGUAUAUUGCCGUAUGUUACCGUAUUCUACCGUCGUAGACGUGUAUUUAAAAACACUGUUUAACUGCAAAAAUAUUUGUCGUAAAUAUUUUUUUGUAACUUUGUAAUGUCUUAUUUUCUUUGUGUAACAUAUUUCUCAUGAGACAAUAGAAGAAGUACUUGUAAAA